CCAAUUGGGUGUUUUGCAUACGCCAACGGCGUGUAAACAUUUAAAACAAACACAAACACACAAGUAACGGAAAAUGUUAGUUGUAACAGCGAGCCAGCAGAAGAGUUGGCCCAGCAGUUGUAUAGGUAGCGAUGAUAGUUGUUCUUGUAAUGAAGUUGUGAAGGCUAGCGAAGCAGAGGACAACAACUAUGGCAGCAGUUGUUGUUGUACGCAAGAGUGUUGCUGUAAGGUGAGUAGUAGUGGGUGUGAGAGCAGCAGGGUCGGUGGUGCGCACAGCAAAAGUCACGUGCCACGCGCCAUCGCUGCUUCCUGGCUACACACAUAUCUGCUGCUCUUCCUGCUCGCCACCACACAGCUGUUGCACGCGGCGCACGGCUAUUUGAUAAUCGUGCACGAGGACGUGCCGGCUGGCACGGUGGUCUUCAACGCGUCGGUCUACAAACUCGGCUCGGAGCGGCAUUACAAAAUUAACGCACACAAAUCGGCGCAUUUCGUACAUCACCUGGUGGCCGUCAACCACAAAGAUGGCCAGAUACAAUUACGCAAGCAAUUGAAAUGCGAUGGCAUCUAUUAUCCGAAUCUGUUCACCUUCUAUGUGGACUCGACGUCGAAUCGGUUGCGCAGCAUUGACUACUACAGCCUGCCGGUGCGUAUAUUUGUGACGGGACGUGAUUGCAACGAGGAUCGACGCAUAGAGGAGGAGAUGCAUAGCCGGCACUAUGAGGAGGAGGAGACGGGCUAUUCGAAGCGACGCAGACGUUAUAUCGACACCAUUGCACAACCCGAUCUACGCUACUUCGGCGCUUACUUGGCGCAUACCAGUAACAGCGUUGAGUUGACGCCGAGCAGCACGGACGUGGAUGUGCUCAAUCAUAAUAACAGUCGGCGCGAGUUCCGCGAUGGUGACUUGAUAUUCGGCGAUAAUUUCGAUAAUGAGAUGCGUCAUCGUAUACUUAGCCGUAAGCGACGCGCGAAGGAACCGUUACAGCUGGAGCCGUCGCUGCAUCGACGCAUCUCGGAUGCGAAGCAAUGGAUCUCGGAAACGUAUGCCUCCUAUGCCAUACACACAACGGAUAAAUGGAAUCAAAUCUGCUUGCGGCGUUCGCAGUUUAUUAACAAUCUCAACGCUUUUCUGCCGAAAUCGAUUUGUCAGUAUUGCAAGGUGAACUUUUUGGAUGUGAAUGAUGAACGUUUUGCGAUCGAACAUCAGAAUCACGAUUUGGUGGCCAGCCGUGAUGUCUGCAUACGCGAAUCUAUAUGGAAGGUUAGCAUCACCUUCAAUAUACGUUGCAAUCGUAAUGAGAUCGUAGAUUCGGAUCAUCGUCUGAAGAUCGUCUAUCACUAUCAGGAGUUUAAUGACACCGAUAUCGCGAAACGCGUGCGUCGUGAGUUGCGUAAUCAGUCGCCGUACUUCGAACAGGCGCUCUAUGUCGCUUCUGUGUUGGAGGAGCAGCCGGCCGGUUCAGCUGUGACAACAGUGCGUGCACGCGAUCCCGAAGACUCGCCAGUAGUAUAUUCAAUGGUUUCGUUGUUGGACUCGCGUUCGCAGUCGCUCUUCAAAGUGGAUUCGCGCACCGGUGUAGUCACAACGUCGGCGAGUUUGGAUCGUGAGCUUAUGGAUGUGCACUAUUUUCGUGUAGUUGCUACAGACGAUAGUUUUCCGCCGCGUUCGGGCACCACAACGUUGCAAGUGAAUGUACUGGAUUGUAAUGAUCAUAGUCCCACCUUCGAAGCUGAGCAAUUCGAGGCCAGUAUACGUGAAGGCGCCACAGUAGGUUCGACGGUGAUCACUUUACGCGCCACAGAUCAGGAUAUAGGCAAAAAUGCAGAGAUCGAAUAUGGCAUUGAGAGUGUAACUGAUGGCACUGGCACCUUGCAAGAUCAAGAGCUACCUAUUUUUCGCAUUGAUGCACGCUCAGGUGUGAUAUCGACACGUAGUACAUUGGAUCGCGAAACUUCGGAUAGCUACAAUCUCAUUGUGACCGCGUCGGAUAUGGCCUCCGCGCAGAGUGAGCGCAAGACCGCUACCGCAACAGUGAUCGUGAAGAUAUUGGACGACAACGACAACUAUCCGCAAUUCAGUGAACGUACCUACACAGUGCAAGUGCCUGAAGAUCAGUGGGGUGAUGACAACGUUGUGGCGCACAUACGUGCCACCGACGCCGAUCAGGGCAACAAUGCGGCAAUACGUUAUGCGAUCAUUGGUGGCAAUACGCAAUCACAAUUCUCAAUCGAUUCGAUGAGUGGCGAUGUGAGUCUCGUCAAACCGUUGGACUAUGAGAGCGUACGCAGCUAUCGAUUGGUUAUACGCGCACAGGAUGGUGGAAGUCCAUCGCGCAGUAAUACCACGCAACUGUUGGUGAAUGUUAUCGAUACAAACGACAAUGCGCCGCGUUUCUAUACCUCACAGUUUCAGGAGUCUGUGCUGGAGAAUGUGCCGGUGGGUUACAAUAUCAUUCGCGUACAGGCUUAUGAUGCGGAUGAGGGUGCUAAUGCUGAGAUCGCUUAUAGCAUUUCAGAACGUGAUGAUAAUUUUCCGCUGGCCGUCGAUUCACGCACCGGUUGGGUGCAAACGAUCAAGCCAUUAGAUCGUGAAGAACAAAGUCGUUACACAUUCCAAGUUGUUGCUAAAGAUGGCGGUGUGCCACCGAAAUCAGCAAGCUCCACAGUGGUAAUAACAGUGCAGGAUGUAAACGAUAAUGAUCCCACUUUCAAUCCGAAGUAUUAUGAGGCAAAUGUGGGUGAGGAUCAGCCGCCGGGUACGCCUGUGGUUACAGUCACCGCCACCGAUCCGGAUGAGGACUCACGUCUGCAUUAUGAACUUACUUCUGGCAAUACGCGUGGUCGUUUCGCGAUUACUUCACAAAAUGGACGUGGUCUCAUUACUAUUGCACAAUCCUUGGACUACAAGCAAGAGAAACGUUUUGUGCUCACUGUAACAGCUACAGAUUCUGGUGGUCGCUCCGAUACCGCUACUGUGAAUAUUAAUAUUACCGACGCCAAUAAUUUCGCGCCCAUUUUUGAGAAUGCGCCUUACAGCGCUUCAGUUUUUGAGGAUGCACCUAUAGGUACGACCGUCUUGGUUGUCUCGGCUACCGACAGCGAUGUUGGCAUCAAUGCACAGAUCACGUACUCGUUGAAUGAGGAAAGCAUAAAUGGACUAGGCAGUCCAGAUCCCUUCUCGAUAAAUCCACAAACUGGCGCAAUUGUGACAAAUGCGCUUUUGGAUCGUGAAACUACUAGCGGUUAUUUGCUUACCGUCACCGCCAAGGAUGGUGGCAAUCCAUCGCUUAGUGAUACUACUGAUGUGGAGAUAAGCGUGACAGAUGUGAAUGACAAUCCGCCCGUCUUCAAGAAUCCACUCUACCAAGCAUCCAUACUGGAAGAUGCGCUUGUCGGCACUUCGGUCAUACAAGUAUCUGCUACCGAUCCCGAUAUUGGUUUAAAUGGUCGCAUAAAAUAUUUGCUGAGCGAUCGCGAUGUCGAAGACGGUUCGUUUGUUAUCGAUCCCACAUCGGGUACAAUACGCACCAACAAGGGUUUGGAUCGUGAGAGUGUGGCCACUUAUCAUCUCACCGCUAUUGCUGUAGACAAAGGCUCACCGCCGCUGUCCAGCACUGUUGAAGUCCAAAUACGUUUGGAAGAUGUUAAUGAUUCACCGCCCACCUUUCCUUCAGACAAAAUUACACUUUAUGUGCCGGAGAACUCUCCUGUUGGUUCAGUGGUUGGUGAAAUACACGCCCACGAUCCAGAUGAGGGUGUCAAUGCAGUGGUGCACUAUUCUAUUAUUGGUGGCGACGACUCAAACUCCUUUUCUUUGGUCACACGGCCAGGCUCAGAGCGGGCACAAUUGUUGACCAUGACUGAGCUCGACUAUGAAUCCAAUCGCAAACGUUUCGAGUUGGUCAUACGCGCAGCCAGUCCACCGUUGCGUAACGAUGCGCAUGUGGAGAUAUUGGUUACCGAUGUGAACGACAAUGCACCAGUAUUACGCGACUUCCAGGUGAUCUUCAACAAUUUUCGCGAUCACUUUCCUAGUGGUGAAAUCGGCAGAAUACCGGCAUCGGACGCUGACGUCACCGACAAAUUAACAUAUCGCAUACUCUCUGGCAACAAUGCUAAUCUUUUACGUUUGAAUACCUCAUCAGGCGGUUUAAUCUUGAGCCCACAGCUGAAUACGAAUGUGCCGAAAUUUGCAACUAUGGAGGUCUCCGUCUCGGAUGGCAUCAAUGAAGCCAAGGCAAUUAUGCAGCUCUCCGUACGUUUGAUCACCGAAGAUAUGCUAUUCAACUCCGUUACUGUACGUCUUAAUGAAAUGACGGAGGAGGCUUUUCUAUCGCCACUCUUAAACUUCUUUCUCGACGGUCUGGCUGCUAUUAUUCCAUGUCCAAAGGAAAAUAUUUUCGUUUUCUCCAUACAAGAUGAUACCGAUGUGACAACUCGCAUACUGAAUGUGAGUUUCUCCGCCAAGCGUCCCGAUGUCUCACAUGAAGAAUUUUACACACCACAAUAUCUGCAAGAACGCGUCUAUCUGAAUCGCGCUAUAUUGGCACGUCUAGCCACAGUUGAAGUGCUGCCAUUCGAUGAUAAUCUUUGCGUGCGUGAACCAUGUCUUAACUUCGAAGAGUGCCUUACAGUGCUGAAGUUCGGUAAUGCCUCAGAGUUCAUACACAGCGACACAGUGCUCUUCCGUCCCAUUUAUCCCGUGAAUACCUUUGCAUGCUCAUGUCCCGAGGGCUUCACUGGCAGCAAAGAGCACUAUCUCUGCGAUACGGAAGUGGAUCUUUGCUACUCAGACCCCUGUCGAAAUGGUGGCACAUGUGUACGGCGCGAAGGCGGCUACACUUGCAUUUGCUCGCCAAAGCAUACAGGCGUUAACUGUGAAACGGAUAUCUCGACGCUGAAGCCUUGCAUGUCGGACGCCUGCGAUGGUGGUUAUUCCUGCAUGAACUCAUUUUUGAGCUCACAGCCACCACCCUACACGGCGACAUGUGAGCUCCGUUCACGUUCGUUCUCUAAGAACUCCUUCCUCACGUUCGAAAGUCUCAAACAGCGACACCGAUUCAAUCUUAAGCUACGAUUUUCAACUGUGCAUGAAAAUGGCUUGCUGCUGUACAAUGGACGGUACAAUGAAUUGCACGACUUUAUCGCACUUGAAAUUCUGGAGGGUCAUGUUAGCUUUUCAUACUCACUGGGCGACAACAAGCAAAGUGUGUCAGUUGUACAACAGGCGAAGGUGUCGGAUGGGGAAUGGCAUGAUGUGGAGGUGAUAUACCUCAACCGGACUGUGACACUCGUGCUCGAUAAAUGUGAUACGGCGAUAGCUUUGGCUGGUAAUCUAGGCGACCGAUGGAGCUGCGCUAAUCAGACGACACUCAAACUGGACAAACGUUGUGCGCUACUCACCGAAACCUGCCACCGUUUCUUGGACUUGACUGGUCCACUACAACUUGGUGGUCUGCCGCGUAUACCCGCACACUUUCCGGUGGAGAAUCAGGAUUUCAUUGGUUGCAUUUCCGAUUUACGCAUUGAUGAACGUUACAUAGACCUGAACUCUUACGUUGCAGACAAUGGCACUAUCUCUGGCUGUCCACAGAAGGCACCACUGUGCUCUUCGGAGCCAUGCUUUAACGGUGGUGUUUGUCGUGAAGGUUGGAAUACUUACACCUGCGAGUGCCCGGAGGGUUAUGCUGGUAAUGCAUGCCAAGAGACUAUACCAGCACCCUGGCGUUUCUCCGGAGAUGGCAGUCUCAGUUUUAAUCCAUUAUUAAGACCAAUACAAUUGCCAUGGGUCACGUCACUCUCUAUGCGUACUUUGCAGAUGGAUGCGUUUUUGCUGCAAAUUCAAAUCGGGCAGAAUAGUUCGGCAGUACUUUGUUUGAAAAAUGGCAUACUCUACUACAUCUACGACAAUGAGCCGAUGUACUUGGCUGGUGCUUAUCUUUCUGAUGGCAACUGGCAUCGCAUCGAAGUGAAAUGGCUUGGAUCCGAGGUACAGUUUUCUGUAGAUUACGGCCAACGAACUGGUGUCGUGCCAAUGUCACAGAAGGUGCAGGGCCUUUAUGUUGGUAAGAUUGUGAUCGGUAGCGCAGACGGUUCGAUAGGCGUUGUUGGUGACAUGUUACCCUUCGAAGGUUGCAUACAAAAUGUUCGCAUUGGCGCCUCGCAAUCCGUGUUAUCGCGUCCUACUAUACGCGAGAAUGUUGAAGACGGCUGCUUGUCUCGCGCCGAAUGCCCUGAAAGUUGUCCACCACACUCCACUUGCACAACGACUUGGGAUCAAUCGCAAUGUGAAUGCUUACCUGGCUACGUAGGACCCGACUGCCUGCCCAUCUGCACCGUUAAACCUUGCACAGCGGGGGUGUGCCGCGCGAAUAUCAGCGAACCACGCGGUUAUAAGUGUGAAUGCAAUAGUUCCUUGCAACAUGGGGAAUAUUGCGAGAAGACCGUGCAGCAGCCUUGUCCUGGCGGCUGGUGGGGUGAAAAGGUUUGUGGACCAUGUAAAUGUAACUUGAAACAAGGCUACCAUCCAGAUUGCAACAAGACCACCGGUCAGUGUUAUUGCAAGACCAAUCAUUACCAACCGCCAAAUGAGACUGCAUGCAUACCCUGUGAUUGCUACUCAAUUGGCUCCUUCAGCAGCGCAUGCAACCGACUGACGGGACAAUGUGAAUGCCGUGAAGGUGUUAUUGGACGACGCUGUGACUCCUGCUCGAAUCCGUAUGCUGAAGUAACUCUUAAUGGCUGCGAGGUAGUCUAUGACGCUUGUCCACGAUCAUUUGCGGCCGGAAUUUGGUGGCCACGUACACCGCUUGGCAGCACAACUAUAGAGAAUUGUCCUUCGCCUGCUAGAGGCAAAGGACAACGCACCUGCGAUGGUAUGUCAGGUGGCUGGAACCAGCCGGAUAUGUUCAACUGCACAUCCGAUCCAUUUGUUGAACUACGUAAACAGCUUUCGCAACUGGAGAAGCUGGAACUAGAGCUGAACUCAUUCGUUGCCAUCAAAAUGGUGGAGAACUUGCAAUUGGCCUGUGAAACUGUGGAUCGCUCGAGCGCGGUAAAGAAGAAGUUGGUGAAGGAUAGUCGUCGGUACAAAAUGGAAUCCUCCUUCUUGAUAAACGAAGGCAACAAUAUGUGGUCAAAUGAGCUGGAGAUGGACUAUCUAUCAGACGAACUUAAAUUUACACAUGAUCGUCUCUACGGCGCUGAUCUGCUGGUUACCGAAGGCAUCCUGCAGGAGCUAAUUAACUACGAACUAAUGCAAAAUGGCUUAAACCUGACGCAUAGUCAAGAUAAGUAUUUCAUUAAAAAUCUGGUAGAUGCCGCAAGCGUUAUUUUGGAUCGGAAGUAUGCCGCAGAAUGGAAACGUGCCACGGAAUUGAUACAGCGUGGACCCGAUGAUCUUGUGGACGCGUUCAACAAGUACAUGGUAGUCUUAUCUAGUUCGCAGCAUGAUACGUACACGAACCCAUUCGAGAUUGUGCAACGGAAUAUGAUAUUCGCUUUGGAUAUUAUCACUACAGAAUCACUUUUCGGUUACGAACCCGAACAGCUCAGCGAAUACCACAAAACUAAGCUGAAUCUCAAACCGAAUGCGUACACCACGGAAAGUGUCAUAUUACCAGACACCAGCGGCUUCCUUCAGCACUCUUCGAAGCAGAAACCCGUUAUUACUUUCCCCAAAUACAAUAAUUACAUACAAGAUAAGACGAAGUUCGAUAAGUAUACAAAAGUUUUGGUGCCACUGGACAUGUUGGGCAUUACGCCACCCGGCAGCAAUGAAGUAACACAGAACGCCAACGACUAUCGCGCCAUUAUCUCCUAUGCACAGUACAAAGAUGUAGGGCAACUUUUACCCGAUAUGUACGAUGAGACGAUCACACGACGUUGGGGUGUCGAUAUUGAAGUCGCUUCACCUAUACUGUCACUCGCCAUUUUAGUGCCAUCAAGCGACACCGAGGAGAAACGUAUAGAGAUACCUUACCGUAAAAUUUCCUCACAAAAAACAGAUUCCAAUGAACAACAAUUUAUCGAGGUAUUCGACGUGCCGAAGACGAGUGGCAGUGGCAGCGAAGAGCAUAUGAUUGAGAAUAUACGUAUCACGGCGCAUGAAAUCAUGCCUCCGGCGCCAAGCAACUCACAAGAAACGUCUGCCGAAGUGUCAAGCAACGAAGCAGUCGAAGUAAGUGAUGGUGGUGAGGAACCACACAUUAGUGUACGCUUCGACGAUGAAAAUAUCGAGUUCCAUGGUGAUACUGGUGAAGAGGUCGUAGAUUCACCAGAAGUAGGGAGCUCACACUUUGAUGUAGGUUCCAGUGAACAGCAAAAGGGUGAGAAUGAAGCCAUCUACCGUAAUCGCAGACUCGUCAAACGUCAAGUGGAAGUUAUCUACCCAUCCGAACAGCAGCAAACGCAACAGAAUGUGAUCUAUCGUUCGCUUGGCUCACCACAUCUGUCACAACCCAUAAAAUUGCAAAUGUGGUUAGAUGUUGAGCCAGCGCGUUUCGGACCACGCUCCAAUCCACAGUGCGUACGUUGGAACUCAUUCACCAGCCAAUGGACACGUCUCGGCUGCCAAACCGAAGUACCCGACUUCGAUGAGUUGCCGUUGGAUGGUCAACCGAUUAUUGUGAACUGUACCUGCACACACGUCUCCAACUACGCGGUGAUUGUGGAUAUUAUCGAUCCCGAAGAUAUACCUGAACCCUCAUUAUUGGUACAAAUUACUUCGUAUUCAGCAUUUAUGGUAUCGCUGCCAGUGCUGCUGAGCGUGCUCAUCGCUUUGGCACUGCUGCGGGGCCAGCAAACCAAUUCCAACACCAUACAUCAGAAUAUAGUGCUGUGCGUUUUCUGCGCCGAACUGUUAUUCUUCGUAGGCAUGCAGUCACGUCGCAAUCUGCUCGAAAAUGAAUUCCCCUGCAAGCUUAUUGCGAUUUGCUUGCACUACUUCUGGCUGGCGGCGUUCGCUUGGACCACAGUCGAUUGCGUGCAUCUGUAUCGCAUGCUCACCGAGAUGCGUGACAUCAACCAUGGCCCGAUGGGAUUCUACUUUGCCAUGGGCUAUGGUGCACCGGCCAUUGUGGUCGGUUUGUCAGUGGGCGUGCGGGCGCAUGAAUAUGGCAAUAGUUUGUUCUGUUGGCUCUCUGUUUACGAACCGGUUGUUUGGUGGCUGGUCGGUCCCAUUGCGGGCAUGUCGGUGGUGAAUCUGCUCAUACUGUUUGUUUCCGUGAAAGCCGCAUUCACGCUCAAAGAUCACGUACUCGGUUUUGGCAAUCUACGCACGUUGCUUUGGUUAUCCGUCGUCUCGUUGCCGCUGAUGGGCGUCAUGUGGGUUUUGGCCGUUUUAGCUGCUUCCGAGAAUUCACAAAUGUUAAGCAUUCUGCUGUCGGGCGUAGUGGUACUACAUUCCAUAUUCUGUCUCAUUGGCUAUUGCAUUAUCAACAAAAGGGUGAGAGAGAAUCUGCAGCGCACUUUCUUACGCUGUAUGGGGCGAAAAGUGCCGCUCUUAGACUCUUCACUGGUGGUGAGCAACAGCUCGCAUAAUGUGAACGGUGCAACGAGACCUAAUAAUUUCCUAGCAGGCAGCUAUGAUACAGCGAGGAGGAAUGUGGGUAUCAGCGUCUCUAGUACAACUUCACGAAGUACGGCUAAAACGAGUUCUAGUCCAUAUAGCGACGGCCAGCUGCGUCAGACCUCUACGUCUACCUCCAACUAUAAUUCAGCCAGCGAUGCGCCCAGCUUUUUGCGUGGCUUCGACUCAUCUACGGGCGGCGGUGGUGGUGGUGGACGCAGGGAAGAGAAAUCACGUCGUCAUCGCAAGGAUUCUGACUCUGGCUCCGAAACAGAUGGGCGUUCGUUAGAGCUCGCCUCGAGUCAUUCAAGCGAUGAUGACGAAUCCCGCACUGCACGCUCAUCGGGUACACACCGCAGUACCGGUGUUAGCGCUACACCUUCUUACCUUCCUAACAUAACCGAGCAUGUGCAAGCGACAACACCACCUGAACUGAAUGUUGUGCAGAGCCCGCAACUCUUCCCCAGUGUUAAUAAGCCUGUGUACGCGCCGCGUUGGUCAAGUCAACUGCCGGAUGCCUACUUGCAGUCACCGCCAAAUGUGGGCCGUUGGUCGCAAGAAACCGCGUCGGACAAUGAACAUGUGCAUGGUCAAAAAGUGACCAUCUCACCAAACCCAUUACCGAAUCCAGAUCUCACCGACACCUCGUACCUACAACAACAUCACAAUAAAAUUAAUAUGCCACCAUCGAUAUUGGAAAAUCUGCAGAAUGUACGUAACGAUAACGGUUAUGAUACGCUCGAACAUGAAAACCUCUAUCGACGCAAAGAGUAUCAGGACAGCUAUGGACAGUUCGACACCUUGCCCGUGGCGGGCAAUUACAAACCACCGAGUCACUACGGUAGCGAAAAGGACUAUAACGGCAGUGCUAACGGUAGCACCAGUGGUGGUGGCGGUGGUGCCGGCAAUGGUGGCACUCAAAUCGUUAAUCACAUGCGUUCCUUCCACCCCGACGCGGCUUACCUCAGCGACAGCAUAUACGAUAAACAACGCACACUCGGCUAUAUGGGCCCCAAAGCGGAGUCGCCGUACAUGUCCAAAGAGCGUAUUGCGCCCGAUAUAUAUGGCUCCCGCGAGAAUCACUAUAGUCUUAAGAAACCGCAUAUGUAUGUUGGUGCCGCCGAUUCCAUGCAUUCGGUGCAUUCGUUGUUGAAGAACGACUACCAGGCGCAACAACAGCGCCAGCACCAUUUGCAGCAGCAGCAACAGCUGCAACACCAGCACCCACAACCGACGGUAGCGGACUAUCACUCCGAUCGCAUGUCGGAGGGUUCGGACAAAAACGGUUAUCAUUUUCCAUACACCGCCGAAGAGGAUCACAUACCCGCCGCGCGUAAACUCAGCCAUCAACACAAUCCAUCACCCUCCCUACACAGUUCGCAUCAGAUGCUCAAUGGGCAUGGGCACGCGCAUGCGGUGAACGACAUGAACAAUCCCGGUAUGCUGGGGCGACACACAUUGAACUCGAGCUCGCGGCAUGGUUCGCGCGCCAGUUCGCCGCCCUCAAGCAUUGUGGCGCCCAUGCAGCCCUUGGCGCCGCUCACCAGCAUAACGGAUACAGAUUCAGAGUUGGACAUUAUUUGGCUGCAUCGCUGGCGUCGCCGAUAUCCCUGGUCUCUGACAAUCUGGAGGAACAUUGAUGAUGAUGAGACGACCGUGUGACCACAUCAUCAACAACAACAACACCAAUUGCAGAAAAACAUAAUAAUAAAUGAAC